AUGGCUGAGGCCAACUGGACGUCCGUCUCCGAGUUCGUUCUCCUGGGUCUGUCCGAACGCCAGGACAUGCAGCCGCUGAUCAUCGCAGUCCUCCUUGGCACCUAUCUGGUGAAUCUGGCUGGCAACUCCAUGCUUGUGGGGUUGGUGUGGACUGACCCCCAGCUCCGCAGCCCCAUGUAUUUCCUCCUCAGCCAGCUGUCCAUGGUGGACAUGGGCAUGGUCUCCAUCAUCCUGCCCCAGGCCUUGGUGCACACCUUGAGUCAGCACUGGGCCAUCCCCUUCACCAGCUGCAUGGCCCAACUCUUCAUCCUCCUGGCCGUGGGCAACAUGGAGAACUACCUGCUGGCUGCCAUGGCCUACGACCGCUACGUGGCCGUCUGCAACCCACUGCGCUACGCCGCCAUGGUGACGCGGUCCCUGUGCCUCAAGAUGGCGGCUGCCUUCUGGGUCGUGGUGAUCUCGCACGCCCUGCUGCACACCGUCAUGACCGCCCGGCUGCGUUACUGUGGCAACCGCCUGCAGCAUUUCUUCUGUCAUUUGGAGGGCUACCUGCUGGCUGCCAUGGCCUACGACCGCUACUUGGCCGUCUGCGACCCGCUGCGCUACGCCACCGUGGUGACACUGUCCCUGUGCCUUAAGAUGGCGGCUGCUUCAUUGGCCGUGGUGAUCCCGCAUGGCCUGCUGCACACCAUCAUGGCUGCCCAGCUGCGUUACUGCGGCAACCGCCUGCAGCAUUUCUUGUGUCACAUGCAAUCUCUGAUGAGUCUCUCCUGCACCCGGCCCGUUACUAAGGAGCUGGUGGUCUCCACCGAGGGAGUCUUGGUGGUGGGAGCCCCUUUCGCCUUCAUCCUGGCCUCCUACACCCGCAUCGGGGUGGCCGUGGCCCGCCUGCGCUCUGUCCAAGCCCUGCGCAAGGCCCUCUCCACCUGCGGCUCCCACCUGACCGUGGUGUUUCUCACGUACAGCCUCAUGCUCUGGCUCUACUUCCACCCGGACUCCAUCAAAAUCCAGGGGCACGACCAGCAAGUGACCUUCUUAUACACCGCGGUGGUGCCCACCCUGAACCCCCUCAUCUACAGCCUAAGGAACAAGGACGUGGCCGCGGCCCUGAGGAGGGCAAAGAGGAAGGUCCUAUGUUGA